AUCAUUUCAUUGAUUAAAGCGAGAAACCCCUACGGCUUCUACUACCGACUCGCCCUACCGGAAACCUUCACCGGCGGCAUCUGUUUAUCACGCCGUUGCGCAGAGACCGCGGCGUAUCUCCGGCUACACCUUGCUUGGCGACCAGUGACGUAAGAUUCGAAGGCUGAGUUGACAUUUUUACCUCUCACUCUACCGAUUCAUCAUUCAAUCAAUAAUUCUGAUUGUAGUUCCUUUUUGUACAAAGAAGAAGGAAAUGGAAGAAGAUUUGAUGAUUGGUAUUGAUGUUGAUGGUGAUGGGAUAGAGAAGAUGGAGGAGAAUAAUGCUGUUGCUGCUGCUGCUGCUGCUGACGAUGAUGAUGAUGAUAUUGGACAUCAAGUGGAUGAUUUGUUCACCAAGGUUGAAAAGCUUGAGCAAAGAGUAAAUGAGAUCGAACAGUUCUACUUGACUUCAAGCAAAAUGCAAUCCGGUACUUCUCAAAAAAGCUCUUUUGUAAAGGAUAAAGAAAAGUUAAAGCAUAUUCCAGGGUAUAAGAAACAUCAACAAGAAGCAGCACGCAGAGAGGCAAUCGCUGCCAAGAGAAUGCAGGAUAUUAUGCGACAAUUUGGCUCAAUUCUGCGCCAGAUCACUCAGCACAAGUGGGCCUGGCCAUUUAUGCAACCCGUAGACGUUGAAGGUCUUGGAUUGCGUGACUAUUAUGAGGUAAUCGAUAGGCCGAUGGACUUCAGUACGAUAAAAAAUCAAAUGGAGGCGAAGGAUGGUACCGAAUACAAACAUGUUCGGGAUAUAUGUUCCGACGUUCGGUUGGUUUUUCAGAAUGCUAUGAAAUAUAAUGAUGAUAAAAGCGACGUUCAUGCGAUGGCCAAAACUUUGUUGGAAAAGUUUGAAGAGAAAUGGCUUCAGUUUUUACCAAGGGUUACUGAAGAGGAAAAAAGGCGAGAGGAAGAGGAAGCAGAAGCGCAAUUGAGCAUUCAGCGUAGUCAAGAGGCAGCUCACGCUAAAAUGGCUAGGGAUCUAAGUAAUGAGCUGUAUGAAACUGAUAUGCAGUUGGAAAAACUUAGAGAGACUGUGGUUCAAAAAUGCAGGAAAAUGUCGACUGAAGACAAAAGAAACAUCGGGAUAGCCCUUACUCGCUUAUGUCCUGAAGAUCUUAGUAAGGCACUCGAUAUUGUAGCUCGGCAUAAUCCGAGUUUUCAGUCAACAGCAGCAGAGAUUGACCUCGACAUUGAUGCUCAGAGUGAAUUAACACUAUGGAGGUUAAAGUAUUUUGUAAAAGACGCUCUCCAUGGCCAAGUCAAGAAUGAUGCAACGUUUGAAGUCGGAAACAAAGCUGAUAGUCCUGUGAACCCCAUCGAAACCAUCGUGUCCAAGCGGAAAAUGCAGAUAUGUAAUGCACUUGCCAAGACUGCAAAGAAAAGGAACCAGAAACGCUAAUCGCACACUCCUGCACACAUAACAUGACGGUGAUCUUUAUAGAGCAUCAUCAUUCACUGAGUUAUGCAUGCAUGAUUCUCGGGUUGUAUUAGAUGUUAGAUUCUCAUUUCUUUCUUUUCAAUCCAUGCAUCGAUAAACUAGAACUAAUCGAGUGUUGGUAUAUCCAUCAAUCAUGUAUGGGGAUACCGAACAUCGUAAAGAGUAGUUGCUAUCAUCAUGUACAUGUAUCAUCUAUAGGCAGAAAUGGAGGGGGUGAGGAGUUUGUUGACACACUGAUCGACUAAAAUUUUCUAUUUACAAGUAUACAACGUUAUAUUUUAUGAGUUA